CUUGCACUAGCCUGGAGUUACAUUAUGGUUCUGGGCCAAGCUGUCAACAUGAGUUUGAUGGACAUUUCUAAGAUCUUCUCCCUGCUGCAGCCUAAGGAGGAGGAUGAGGACAACGAGCAGUGUCAGGCCUUGAACAAUGCUGUGAACAGCGACAAUGUGACUCUUCUUUCUGAGCUCCUGUCUCAGGAGAGUUACAGGAGAUCUAUCAAUGCUCGGAGUGGGUGGGGGGUCCCAGUAACUCCCUUGCGCACUGCUGCUGCGCUGGGACACCUGAGGUGCCUGGAGGUGUUGUUGGAGCAUGGUGCAGAGAUAGACUGUCUGGAUGUGAAGGCCCAGACACCUCUGUUCACAGCUGUCAGCGGGAAACAUCUGGACUGUGUGGUUGCCCUGCUGAAGGCUGGAGCCGACCCUAAUGGCAGCCAGUACAACAACUGCUCGCCGGUGUUGACUGCCGCCCGGGAGGGUGACAUGGAUGUGCUCAGAGAACUGCUUCGGUUUGGAGCCGAGGUGGACGUCAAACCCAAAGUGCCAGAAUGGGCCUCCAACGCCACAGCCUGCAGAGGACCUCUUUAUAUCUCAGCUGUGUAUGGACACCUGGACUGCUUUAAACUGCUCCUUCUGCAUGGUGCUAACCCCAACUACAACUGCACGGAUGAGAAGAUGCUGGCCAGAAUAAAGCAGCCAAAGACGGUCCUGGAGGUGUGUCUCCGUUAUGGUUGUGGGGUGGAGUACAUCCAGCUCCUCAUAGACUUUGGGGCAGAUGUGUAUCUCCCUACACUGAUCAUUGACAAGACUACGAAGCAGAAUGAAGCUCUGGUUCUACUGCUCAAGGAGAGAGUUUGUCCGAAGACGCUGAUGUCGCAGACUCGGUUAGCAAUCCGAAGUUACCUCCCCUUUUCCAAUAAGGGGUCUGCCAUUGACAGUUUGGACAUUCCUGUGAUCUUGAGAAACUACCUGAAGCACGACACCUCUGAACUCAUAUGA